AUGAACGCCCGUGCAGCCGCCCGUGCAACCGCCCGUGCUGCCGCCCGACGCGCCACCCGUGCAGCCGCCCGUGCGCCGCCCGUGCACCGCCCGUGCAACCGCCCGUGCAGCCGCCCGUGCAGCCGUCCGUGCAGCAACCCCACGAGCCACCCGGUCGACGACCUGCAGCUGUACUUGCUUUGCGAUACGGUAGAUGAAGUUUCUCUCUUUGACUUAGUCUCUGGCGCUCUACCUGCCCCUCCUGCUGAUGCUGACCCCACUGUGCGCUCCAAGUGGGCCUCACGCGAUGCUGCUGCACGUCUUGCUGUGCGUCGCCACCUCCCUUCCUCCGAGCGCGCACACUUUAGUCAGUGCAAGACCGCUCAGGCCUUGUACGACGCUGUAGUUGCGCGCUACUCCUCCCCUUCCUCUGCUACACUGAGCCGCCUCAUGCUACCGUACCUCUUCCCUGACCUUGCUGCAUUUCCUACAGUCGCUGACCUCUUUACCCACCUUCGCGCUAGUGACACUCGCUACCGAGCUGCGCUUCCUGCUGCCUUCUGCGCCGAAAACCCCCCUCCCAUGUACAUCACCCUCUACUUUCUAGUCACCCGUCUCCCUGAGUCCCUUCGUGCUGUUAGGGACCAGUUUCUCUCUGUCUGUCCCACAAACCUCACUGUCGACCUCCUCGAGAAGUCCCUGCUAGCGGCCGAGAAGAGCAUAGUCGCUGUAGGGGCCUCUCGUGGUGACCCCUGCACCCCCAUCUUUGAGGGGUGUUCUCCUUCCCCCCUGUUACCCUCUGUCGCCUCUGCUGCUGCGGCCGACCUCGUUGGUCUAGAGUCGGUCGCGGGGGCGGUAGCGGAGGAGGUGGGGGCGGCGGGGGGAGUGGGGGUGGCGGUGGAGGUGGUGGCGGGGGUGGAGGUACUAGUGGCGGCAGUGGAGGCGGAGGUGGCGGCGGAGGUGGCGGUGCAGGUGGCGGUGGGAGCGGCGAGGGCGAGGGUGGCGGUGGCGGCGGUGGCGGCAGAGGCGGGGGUGGCGGUGGUGGAGGUGGUUGGACUGGCUCGUCUUAGCGGAGCAGCACUGGGGGUGCGUCAGCGUGGUGGGGCGUUCGGUCCCUGCACCUACGUCCUUCGCACCGGCGACCGCGCGGGUGAGCAGUGUGGGGGCACCCACACCGCCCGCCGCUGCUUUGCCCGCUUGACCGACGCUUGGCGCCAGCAGUUUCCGGAGGCCUCUGAGAUCCCCCGCUGGGGAGAGCUGUCUAGGGCUGGUAUAGCCAUCUUUGAUCUUGACUUUGAUGCUAUCCUUGCUGCCAUGUAUGCUGUGACUGUUAGUGAUGAGGGUGACUGUUACCGGUGUUUCCCGCCCGACCCGGGCAUUGGUACUACUGCGUCAAGUGCCAGUGAGGCUGCUGCUCUAGGUGCCAGUGCGUCUGUGCUCUCAGGUACUAGUGAGUCUGCACUCUCAGGUACUGUGUCGGCUUCGGCCUCUCACACCUUCACCCUUGACUCUGGGGCAUCUCGCUCCUUCUUUCGGGACCGCACCACUCUCACGCCGCUUAGUCGACCGGUUGCGGUGUCCCUGGCUGACCCCUCUGGGGGUCCUGUCCUGUCUCGUUUCUCCACAGUCCUCCCGUGUCCGGCGGCUCCCUCUGGCACCCUGACUGGUCUCUACCUCCCCUCGUUCUCUACGAACCUGGUUUUUGCUGCAGCGUCCAGGUCUGGUCCUGAGUCUGCCCCCUGUUCGUGUCGCCGUCUGUCUCACGAGACUCUCCUCUUGCACCACCGCCUUGGCCACCCCUCUCUGCUUCGGCUCAGAGGCAUGGCCUCCCGUCUUCUUGUGUCUGGUCUCCCCCGGUCCCUCCCUCCCCUUCCUCAGGGCCCUAGCCCUGCCUGUGUCCCCUGUGUCGAGGGACGCCAGCGUGCUGCCCCUCACUCCUCCCAGUUUCCUCCGACAGAGGCUCCGUUGCAGACGCUUCACAUGGACGUGUGGGGCCCUGCCCGCGCCCGUGGACUCGGUCAGGAGCGCUACUUCCUGUUGGUGGUUGACGACUACUCGCGUUACACCACAGUCUUCCCCUUGCGCAGCGAGGGUGAUGUCACUGAGGUGCUGAUCGACUGGAUCCGCGCAGCUCGUCUCCAGCUCAGGCAGAGCUUUGGCUCGGACUUUCCUGUGUUGCGUCUGCACUCGGACAGAGGCGGAGAGUUCUCCUCUGGCCUUCUGCGUGCCUUCUGUCGUGCGCGAGGCAUCUGCCAGACCUUCACGCUUCCGGACUCACCGCAGCAAAAUGGGAUUGCAGAGCGCCGCAUUGGCAUGGUCAUGGACGUCGCUCGUACGUCUAUGAUGCAUGCGGCUGCCCCCCAUUUUCUGUGGCCGUUUGCGGUCAGGUACGCGGCGCAUCAGAUCAACCUCCACCCCAGGGUCUCCAGGCCGGAGACCUCCCCAGCCCUGCUGUGGGCGGGGAAGGUUGGCGAUGCGUCGGCGUUCCGGGUCUGGGGAUCUCGGGCGUUUGUCCGCGACUUGUCUGCGGACAAGCUGUCCCCUCGCGCUGCUCCCUGCGUCUUCCUGGGGUUCCCCCCCGAGGCCCCUGGGUGGCAGUUCUACCACCCCACCUCUCGACGUGUUUUGUCCUCCCAGGACGUCACGUUCGACGAGUCGGUACCCUACUACCGCCUCUUCCCCUACCGCACUCCGUCCCUCCCCCCGCCCCCGCUCUUCUUGGUACCAGGUCCCCCCCCGGUAGACCCCCUCCCCCCUCAGGGUCCUGCCCCUUCAGGUGUGUCCCAGGUAGACGCGGUUGAGCCUCUCGAGGUCACUGGUGACUCUGGUGCUGCUGCGGGAGCUGAGCCUGGGGGUGCUGAGCCUGGGGGUGCUGAGUCUGGGGGUGCUGGGCCUGGGGGUGCUGAGCCUGGGGGUGCUGAGACUGGGGGUUCUGAGCCUGGGGGUGCUGAGCCUGGGGGUGCUGAGACUGGGGGUGCUCUGCCUGGAGGUGCUUUGCCUGAGGGUGCUGAGCCUGGAGGUUCUUCGCCUGGAGGUUCUCCGCCUGGAGGUGCUUCGUCUCGCCAAGAGCCACUCUCCCCACAGGAGGUGCGUGAGUGGUUUGCCCGGCGCUGGAGGCGUACUGCUGGUGCUGGAGGUUCUUCGGCUACAGAGGGUGCUGCUGCCGCGCGUCCCGGAGGUGCUCGUGCUGUGGGUGCUGGAGCUGCUGGGCCUGAGGUUUCUCCAGGAGCUGGUACUGCUGAGUGUGUUGGCGCUGAGACUACUGCUGGCGGUCUGACUGGCAGUGCUCCUGGUGCUGCUGGGGGUUCUGGAGCUACUAGAGGUGCUGCUGGAGGUGCUGCUAGAGCGAGUACUCCUGCUGGGAGUACUGGUGCUGUCCCUGCUCUACAGCCUGCCUCCCCUUUGCCUGCUCCUUCUCCCUACGCUGGUCCGACUGGAGGUCUUACUGAGCGUCGUGAGCCUACGUCUCGUCCUGCGUCGCCUGUUCGCCCUGCACGCACUAGUGGUCGCGGUUCGCGUCAGCGUCCUCCUCCUGUCCCUGGCACGCACCGGAUGUCUCUGCGUCCGUCCACUGCUCCUCUGCGUGCCCCUUUGCCUUCUCCUCCUGAGUCCUCUCUUCCUGCCCUUGCCGACCUGAAGUCGGACUCUCUUCAUGCUGCCAGUCCUACUGUCACGUGUCUCCUUGCUACUGGUGUCACUGACCCUUCUUUCGAGUCUUCUGCUGCGUCUGCCCUUGUCACUGAGCUCGUCGACUUUGCUGCGCGCUGUCGUCUAGACUACGCUGCUAGUCUUGUCGUUGAGUCUGAGUCUGCCUGUCCUCCGUCCGUCGGGGGUGAGUGUGCCCUUGGCAUGGACGUCCUUGAGGACAGGCAGGAGGAGGUCCAGUGUCUGGCCGCCGCUUCACCUCAUCUCACGUCUGUACUGCUCGCCCUUGAGGGAGACCCGGAUGCACUAGACAUCCCGACACCGCGCUCUUACGCGGAGGCGAUAGAGGGUCCCUACUCCUCUCACUGGCAGGCAGCUAUGGAUGCAGAGAUGGCUUCCUGGAAGUCCACAGGCACCUACGUUGACGCCGUUCCCCCUUCUGGUGCGAACAUAGUUAGUGGCAUGUGGAUUUUCAGGGUGAAGCGGCCGCCGGGUUCUCCGCGUGUCUUCAAGGCGCGUUACGUGGCUCGUGGCUUCAGUCAGCGGCAGGGAGUUGAUUACUUUCAGACCUUCUCCCCCACCCCGAAGAUGACCACUCUUCGGGCGCCACGUGAGUGGCAUGACACACUGAGGACUACGCUUGCGGCUCUUGGGUUUGUUCCUUCUACUGCCGACCCGUCGCUGUUUCUGCGCACCGACACCUCUCUGCCGCCGUUCUACAUCCUCGUGUACGUCGACGACAUGGUCUUUGCCACAGCUGACACUGCUGGACUUGCCUACGUGAAGUCCGAGCUGGAGAAGAGACACACGUGCACUGACCUGGGUGAACUGCGCAGCUACCUUGGCUUGCAGAUCACCCGGGACAGAGCACGCUGCACCAUUACCUUGACUCAGUCACACAUGGUGCAGCAGGUCCUUCAGCGCUUCGGCUUCACGUACUCCUCGCCUAAGGCCACUCCUCUGCCUACUCGCCACUCGCUCUCAGCUCUGCCUUCGGAUGAGUCCGUAGAGUCGAGUGGUCCGUAUGCAGAGCUUGUUGGCUGCCUCAUGUACCUGAUGACCUGCACACGACCUGACCUUGCAUACCCUCUUAGCAUUCUCGCACGCUAUGUUGCUCCUGGGAGACACCGACCAGAGCACAUGGCUGCAGCGAAGAGGGUGUUGCGCUACUUGUGCAGUACGUCGGGCAUGGGGCUAGUGCUUGGAGGGCGCAGUCCAGUGGUCCUCACUGGGCACGCGGACGCUUCUUGGGCUGACGACCAGGCUACGCAGCGGUCGUCACAGGGUUACACCUUCAGCCUUGGUUCUGGCUCUGUUUCGUGGCGGGCUACCCGCUCGUCUUCUCUUCUCGGCUCCAGUUGUGAGGCUGAGAUCUACGCCGGGGCUAUGGCUGCUCAGGAGCUUCGCUGGCUCACCUACCUGCUGACCGACCUUGGAGAGCCGCCUUGUUCUGCUCCAGUCCUGUACGUAGACAACAAGGCCAUGCUGGCCUUGUGUCAAGAGCAGCGACUGGAGCACAGGACAAAGCACAUUGCUCUCCGCUACUUUCUUGCUCGUGAGCUACAGCAGCGUGGACAGUUGCGACUUGCGUACGUGGCCUCUGAGGCCAACACUGCUGAUGUCUUCACCAAGGCACUUGCGCCUUGUGAUUCUCAGCGUUGCUGCACGCAGCUGGGUCUUGUGCCUGUCUUGCCUCACUUGCUCACUUCUUGA